AUGACAAACCGCCGCUCUGCCUCAACAGAAACCUCACCAACAGAAACAACCAAAACAACCCUCGCCGGCGCGCCAGACAUCACCAACCACUACACAAUCUUCCCCCAAACGCUACCAGCAGGCCCACCACCGGCCUCCCCAUUCGCAAUCUCAACCAGUGACCUUCGCCGCGAAUUCCUCCAACUACAAGGCCUCGUCCACCCAGACAAAUACCCCAACGGAGUGGAGAAGCAGCAAGCCGAGGCUCUCUCUGCACGAAUCAACGAAGCGUACCGGACACUGCUGGACCCGCUACAGCGUGCACAGUACAUUCUACGGGAAUGGCACGGAAUCGAUGUGACGGCGGAAGACGCGUCGACUAAGCAUGCGCUUGACGCCGAGACGCUGAUGGAGGUUAUGGAGGUGCAGGAGACCAUUGAAGAGGUUGGGGCGUCUGCUGAGGCGGAGGCGCAAAUCAAUGCGCUGAAGAAGGAGAAUGAGGGGAGGAUUGUGAGGUGUGUGGAGAGUCUUGGGGAGGCGCUUGAGAAGGGGGAUUUGGAGGCUGCAAGGAUGGAGUGCAUUCGUUUGCGGUUUUGGUAUAGCGUUGGGGAAGGGUUGAGGGAGUGGGAGCCUGGGAAUACGGAGAUUAGGUUGAUGCAUAGUAGUUGA